CGGGGCUUUAACCCGGCGGAAGGCGGAAGCGGGUGGUCCCUGGUAUCAGCAUGGAGGAGGCGGCAGGGGAGAGAAGCAACCUGGCUGGGGUGCGGCACAUCCUGCUGGUGCUCUCCGGGAAGGGCGGUGUGGGGAAGAGCACAAUUGCCACCGAGCUGGCUCUGUCACUGCGGCACUCCGGGAAAAAGGUGGGGAUCCUGGAUGUGGACCUGUGUGGCCCCAGCAUACCCCGCAUGUUCAGGGCGCAGGACAACGACGUGCACCAAUGUGACAGCGGCUGGGUCCCUGUCUUUGUGGACCAAGAUAAAAGCAUCUCGCUCAUGUCCAUCGGCUUCCUGCUGGAGAAGCCAGAUGAUGCUGUGGUGUGGAGAGGACCCAAGAAAAAUGCUUUGAUCAAACAAUUUGUUGCUGAUGUGGCCUGGGGGGACUUGGACUUCCUCAUUGUGGACACGCCACCGGGCACAUCCGACGAGCACAUCUCCACGGUGGAGGCCCUGCGGCCCUACAAGCCACUUGGAGCAAUCCUGGUCACAACACCCCAGGCCGUGUCUGUGGGAGAUGUGAGGAGAGAGCUGACAUUCUGUAAGAAGACAGGCUUACGAGUUCUUGGUAUUGUGGAGAACAUGAGCGGCUUCGUCUGUCCACACUGCUCGGAGUGCACAAACAUCUUUUCCAAAGGGGGAGGUGAGGAGCUGGCCAAGCAUGCUGGGGUCCCCUUCCUAGGCUGUGUUCCCCUGGACCCCCAACUCAGCCAGAGCUUGGAAGAAGGCAGAGACUUCAUCCAAGAGUUUCCCAAGAGCUCUGCCUUCCCUGCCUUGGCUCACAUCACCCAGCAGAUCUUGGAUGGUACGUUGCAGCGGAGCUCCUGAGGAGGGUGUGGAGCUGGACUCUUGCCAGCUGAGCCCCUGGCCUGGCAGCACCACCAGCUGCCCAUGCUGGUGGGGAAGGAGGAUGCAGAAGCUGUUUAACUAUAAAACUGUCUCAGUGGGAGGUGAUGGAGGGAGGGGGGAGCACAGCAUCGGUGCCACUCGCAGUGAUCCAAAAAGGGAAGUACUGCUCCACCCCCCCGAUCCAAAGAAACCCUGCAUGGGUGCUCCUGCCUGCACAGCGCAGCCUGCUUCUAGCCUUCUCAAUGUGGCAGUGCUCUGCCCAGAUGGUACAGUUGUUCCUAACCCUACCCAUGCAGCCCUUUCCUCUGCAGCCAGCCAUUGUGUGGGUGCUUGGGGAAUUCUAGCUUGUGUCCAUGGUGUCUUGUACGCUGCAGUGCUUCUGGUGAUCACCUGGUGCAGCUACAGUGGCAAACGCCGUCGACUGUUCUUCUCUCAAUGAAUCCAAACAGCACUGAUCAUCUGGAUCCAUGCGCUGCUGCCUUCUCCUGCUGCUUUCCUUGCGUCAUGGAUUGUAUGGCACUUGGUUCAGUGGCUGAUGAGUUUGAGUGGCUGGGUGCUCUGAUGUGGACUCAGGCCAGGCCACCUUGCUCUGAAAUCUCAGAUCACUGGUUCCUGAUGGGCCAAUGAAGGCGUGGCAUGUGCUUUGCAUCAGAAAAUGUCUUAAGAUCUACCACCUGUCUGCGGUCUGCAUCCUGCUGUGCUGGAAACAAGACUUUUUUGGUCUGCUGGGGGUUAUUGUGACUCAGGAAUAUUU